AUGGAUCUACUACAAACAGUGCGCAAGGAGGGAAGCCGUGGCGGCCGCAACGAAUUCAAAUGGGAGGAUGUCAAGAACGACGCGCAGCGCGAGAACUACCUGGGCCACUCGCUAAUGGCGCCAGUUGGGCGCUGGCAGCAGAACCGCGAUCUCAGCUGGUACGCAAAAGGCGACACCGAAUCUAAGGAAGCCGAGGCUAUGCGUAUCAAGGAAGAGAAGCGCAAGCUGAAGGAGGCCGAGGAGGAUGCCAUGCUCGCAGCCAUGGGCCUGCCGGUCCCAGAACGAAACAACGCCAACUUGACACCAUUAGGCGAAAGGGCGCACGAAGCCGAUGUAAAGGAUGCAAUAGAAGAAAAGGCGAAAAAUGGCGAAUAUGAGGACAAAUCUAAGAGGAGGGACAGGAAGGAGCGGUCGAGGCGACAUAGAGACGAUGGCGACCACACCGAGACCGCUCAGGGUCCCGCGAUAGGCGGAGAGAUGGCGACCGAGAGCGCGACAAGCGCAGACACCGAUCACGAAGUCGCGAACACCGGCGACGGGACGAUCGUACUGAAACCCGAAGAGAACGCAAACCAGGUGAGGAGCGAACUCGAUCACGGUCCCGCUCGAGAGACCGCCGCCGGAGGCAUGAUUCUAGAAGCAGGUCACCACACAAAGCUGAGAAGAGGCGAGACUGAACGCAAAUACAAGCGCAUCCUUUCAUGGACCUAA